AUGAAGGCGAAUCUCCUCUUGCAGAGUCUGGCCAUCUGCGCAUGUGCUGCUUCGCCUUUUCACCAACAAUCGCUGCAUGCAAGUCGAGGUGAAGGUCAGGCCGCACCGGUCGAUUCCUCGCAAGCCGACAACGCAGCUUUCAAUUGGACACAGACCCUCACAUCCUACGAACCGAACAGCUGGCAAUCGCAACCGUACGUGUCCAAUGGCUACAUCGGGGCUCGACUUCCCGCGUCCGGCUUUGGUUUUCAUUCCAUCGAGCCAUCCGCUUCGGACGUGCAGAAUGGCGGACAAGGCUGGCCUCUUUUUGGCCCUCGUGUGACGGCAAACAUGGUCGCCGGCUUUUACGACGUGCAGGCAAGCACCAUCGGAACGAAUUUUCCGCAAACAGGAGGCGAGUCGGUCAUCUCCCUUUUGCCCACAUGGACAGGUCUCUACCUCACUGUCGGCGUCGGCAGCGCGAACGAGUCUACCUUUUCCAUCGCCACCCCAAGAGAAGAAAUUAGCGAAUUUGAGCAAUCUUUGAGCCUUCGAAACGGUACCGUGAUCACCCGUCUCUUGUGGAAGGGAUUGAGGCUCUCUUACACUGCCAUAACCCAUCGAAGCAUACCUGAACUCGGGCUCAUCCGCCUCGACGUCGAGGCCAACGAGGACGCAGAUGCCUCUCUUCUGCAGUCCAUCGUCAUUUCCGACGUUCUAGACGGUCGCGGGGCAGCGCGCGUCGAGGGUGAGGGUGCAGGCACUCUCAACUCUAGCGAUGCCAAGACUACCAUUCACAGCACCGUCUCCCCGGCAGGCGUACCGAACGUCACCGCUUGGGAGUUCAGCACCUUCUCUACGCUCAUCUCGAACGCGUCCCAAAGCGCGGCAAAUGAGCAGACAUUUUCGGCAGUCGAGCUGCCCGAAAGCGUGGCAGCCAUCAUCAACGCGAGUGUGCCAUCCACCUCUCACUCGUCUUUUCGUUUCGAGGCUGCUCACCGUGGGAUCAGCGUGUGGAAGGCAGUCGGCAUUGCCUCGACGGAUGCGUUUUCGGAUCCUAGAGCAAAAGCGCUGAACGCUUCCACCUCGGCCGUCAGGCAAGGGUGGACAUCGCUCGUAGAGUCUCACAGGCAAGCGUGGGAGGACAUUUGGAGCGAGGGAGGCGACAUCGUCGUACACUCGGAUAGCGUCGACGCGCAAGACUGGCAGCGCACCACCCGUGCCAGUCUCUUCCACCUGCUCGCUAACGUCAGGAGCAGCGAGGAAGGCCGUGGCCUUGGCGACAACUCCAUCGCUCCCUCUGGCUUGACUUCCGACAGCUACGCUGGCUCUGUGUUCUGGGAUGCCGAGACCUGGAUGUUCCCUUCACUGCUGAGCUUGUACCCGAAAUACGCCGAAAGCAUUCUCCUGUACCGUCACAAACAGCUGGAGCAGAUAGAGGCCAACGCGAAGCAGUACAACUUGUCCGGACUGCUGUACCCCUGGGUGUCUGCGAGAUAUCAAAACUGCACAGGAGUCGGUCCCUGUUACAAUUACGAGUACCAUCUGAACACCGACAUUGCUCUGGCGCAUUGGCAACAUUACCAGCAGACGGGCAACAGGACUUUCUUGGAGCGCUACACGUGGCCCAUACUUCGUGGGGUCUCUGAGAUGUUUGCCUCGCUGGUGAAUCGCACUGAAGAUGGCGGUUAUCGCGUGCUCAACGCAACAGCUCCGGACGAGUACGCUAAUAGAGUCGACGCCGAGGCUUUCACGGAUGCGGGGGUCGAGGUCACUCUCAACGACGCCAUUGAGGCAGCGGGCAUUUUGGGCUUGCAGGAUCAAGUGCCAGCCAAUUGGUCUUCUAUCGCCAACAACAUGACUGUGCUGACCACCGACACGCCAUCCAACAACACCGUUGUACUGGAAUUCGAGGGCUUCAACGGGAGCAUUGUCAUCAAGCAAGCAGAUGUUACUCUUUUGACAUACCCGCUUGAAGUCUCGAAGAACAGGCAGCCCGAUCCGCUGGCAGACUUGGAAUACUACAGCGGUGCCACGUCUCCGAAUGGACCGGGCAUGACGUGGAGCAUCUACAGCAUCGUUGCCAGCGCCUUGUCCGAGUCUGGCUGCGAAGCCUACUCGCGUCUUCAAGAGUCUUGGAAGCCGUACGAGCGUCCGUUUGGCCAGUUCAGCGAGCAGACCACAGACGACUACAACGUCAAUGGGGGCACGAAUCCCGCAUACACUUUCUUGACUGGUCAUGGAGGCUACUUGCAAGUUUGGACGCACGGUAUGACUGGAUACAGAAGCCGCUCAGACGUCUUCUACUUGGAUCCGAGCUUGCCUCCUCAGCUCGCGCCGGGAGGCUACACGGUCAAGGGUAUGCGUCAUCGCUCCAGCCGAUUGGACGUCACGGUGGCAGGCGACAAUACAACCAUUGCUCACACGACUGGAGACGCCCCGGUCCGCGUCGAAAUUGGUGCACGAAAUGAGCGGGCAGGCAAUUACACUCUCAAUGUCGGAGAAGACUUGACCGUACCCACCACGCGCAUCGACCUUUUUGCGCCAUCCUACGCUGGCAACCUGGCACAGUGCGGCAAUGCGACGUCGCAAGCCGAGGUCAUGCCAGGAGGCUACGCGUUUGCUGCCAAUGACGGGUCGAACGCGACGGCGUGGUCGCCAGUGGCGCGCAAUGGCUCGCAAGGCGAAGCUGCAUCUAAUGUGCUGCUGCUCGACCUUGGUCAAAGUCCACGAGACAUCAAGUCGAUUCACAUCAACUGGGCGAAGUAUCCAGCAUCGCAAGUCUCCGUCUCGACGAGCGCGAACGCGAAUGCUGCUUCGGAUAGCACGCUGCUCAACUCCACCGCUGUCACCAAUCGCUCCGUGACAAUUUCUGCUCCUUACAACGAGACGGGUUUCUCAAUCGUCGAUCUGAGAGUAGGCAAUACCACCGACUUGCAGCUCGUAGACACUGGUGGCCCGCCCAUCAAUGCGAGAUUCGUCGCAAUCUCCAUCAGCAACACCUCUGCCACGCCGGGCGUGCCUCCGACCAUCGCGGAAGCCGUCGUGUUGGCUUGA